AUGGUAAAUGUGGUUAAUGGAGAUGAUGGUGAAAAAGGAGAUCCGGGAGAGGAAGGAAAGCAUGGCAAAGUGGGGCGCAUGGGGCCAAAAGGAGAUGAUGGUGAAAAAGGAGAUCCGGGAGAGGAAGGAAAGCAUGGCAAAGUGGGGCGCAUGGGGCCAAAAGGCGACAAAGGGGAAAAGGGCUUGCUUGGAAUACCUGGAGGAAAAGGCAAAGCCGGCACUGUCUGUGAUUGUGGAAGAUAUCGGAAAGUUGUUGGACAACUGGAUAUUAGUGUUUCUCGUCUCAAGACAUCCAUGAAGUUCGUCAAGAAUGUCAUAGCAGGGAUUAGAGAAACUGAAGAGAAGUUCUACUACAUUGUGCAGGAGGAGAAGAACUACCGGGAAUCUCUGACCCACUGCAGGAUUCGGGGUGGAAUGCUGGCCAUGCCCAAGGAUGAAGCUGCCAACACACUCAUUGCCGACUAUGUGGCCAAGAGUGGCUUCUUCCGGGUGUUCAUUGGGGUGAAUGACCUGGAAAGGGAGGGACAGUAUGUGUUCACAGACAACACUCCACUGCAGAACUACAGCAACUGGAAUGAGGGAGAACCCAGCGACCCCUACGGUCAUGAGGACUGUGUAGAAAUGCUGAGCUCUGGCAGAUGGAAUGACACAGAGUGCCAUCUUACCAUGUACUUUGUCUGUGAGUUUGUUAAGAAGAAAAAGUAAUUUCCCUCCUGCUAUGCAUUUAUUUCCCUGUGGCUACCAUUAUAGUUGUUUGUAUCCAUCCUUUUCUUCCUAAUUACACUAAAUUUGUUCUGACUCAAGACAAGUAGGAAAUGCUA